GCUGUCAUGGCGGCGCUCAGGAACAGCGUGCGCCGGUGGGGAGCUGCUUUGAUCCCGGGGCCUCGGCAGCUCCGGGUCUGGAGGAGGAGGCCGGUUGAGGUUCUGUAUCCCCAGAACGAGGAGGCCGCAGCCGCUGGCCGCGCCGGAGAGGAUCGUAGUCGCCCGGUGACCAGGAACCCUGACCCGGCCCCGAGAGACCAGCCCCGGCCGCCCUUCGGCCCCUCUUCCCUGGACGGACUGUCGUACGAGAAGGCGUUUCCCGGCGAUAAGCGGCUGGCAAAAGUUGUGAUCCUCGCCAAGUCCAAGAAGUUCCGUGAACAGCACGGGAAGAUCCUGGUGGAGGGUCGGCGAUUAAUAACCGAUGCCUUGGGAGCUGGAGCACUGCUGCAGACUCUCUUCUUCAGUUCUGUGGAGAGCCUGAGGGAGCUGCCUCUGGAGAAACUGAAACAUGUCAAGUUAAUAAAGGUCAAGUUUGAAGAGAUCAAGAUGUGGUCUGACCUUGUAACUCCCCAGGGAGCAAUAGGAAUUUUUGUCAGACCAGAUCGCUCCAAGAUGAAAUAUCCGGCAGUUCAGCAGGAGCACACCAUACCCCUCUUCCUCAUUGGUGACAAUAUCCGAGAUCCAGGAAACUUGGGAACAAUAUUACGAUCUGCGGCAGCUGCAGGCUGUAGCAAGGUCUUGUUGACGAAAGGCUGCGUGGAUGUGUGGGAACCCAAAGUGCUCCGAGCUGGUAUGGGUGCGCACUUCCGCAUCCCCGUCAUUUCCAAUCUGGAGUGGGGAGUCAUCCCGAACUACCUGAGCGGCAGCACCCAGGUUCAUGUUGCUGACUCCUCACAGGGUGGGGCUGACCGUUAUGUGCCCCCCCCUGACCUGGGUGCAGUCGGUAACCGGAGCUGGGGGCAGACCGAAUACCAGGAGAGUGACAGCGAGGACGAAGAGAGUGUGUUUCCACUGUCGCUGCCUAAAGUGGGGGCUCGGUGUUACUCCCAGCACUGGGCUCGGGAGGUGACUGCAAUUGUGAUUGGUGGUGAGACAUAUGGACUCAGCCUUGAAGCCCUCUCCUUAGCUGAGCAGACAGGAGGACAGCGCUUAUAUAUCCCCAUGGUUCCUGGUAUGGACAGCCUUAACUCUGCGAUGGCAGCGAGCGUGUUACUGUUCGAAGGCAGGAGACAGCUCCUGGCCCAGGUGACAGCAACCAAACAGGACCACGGACCUAGUAGCGGGGUUGUUUAAAUCAGCGUAAGAACGUUCUGACUGUGGGGCCAACGUUCCAGCUUUGCUCCAUACUGCAAUGAACCCGUUCAUUUGGGAGCAGAACUGAGGCCUGUGGGUCUGCAUGAGGCUGGCUAUUUAAAAUCAACGUUACACCUACAAGGCUUCAAGUUCAUUCAUUGCACAAGAACAACUUUGGAAUGUUUUCAGAGACUUGAAACACACUGUGCUAAUCGAAAUGUGUGGAUUCAGGUUAGCUAGUGCCAUGCAAUGCAAGUGUUCCACCUUUUUUACACUGUAUACAAUCGCUACCUUCCCCAUUCGGAUAAAUCCUCCCCAAUCUUUCUGUUGUUUGAAGUUUUUAGCUCUGGCACUCAUCAGGACACAUGCAAGAAGCCAAUUUUUUUUUUUUUUUCCCUUUAUUCAUUCACAGGAUGAGGGCAUUGCUGGCUAGGCAAUAUUUAUUGCCCAGAGGGCAGUUCAGAGUCAACCACAUUGCUGUGGGUCUGGAGUCACAUGUAGGCCAGACCAGUUUCAUGGUGACUAAGAAAUCCUGAUCACAUGGGCUUCAGCUCCUGGUGGUAUUCUAGUAACCUUUCCUGGGCUUCUAGAAG